UGCAUCGACUGCACCCACGUGCGAAUCAAGAGCCCCGGCGGCGACGACGCGGAGGUGUUCCGCAACCGCAAGGGAGUGUUCUCAAUCAACGUCCAGGCUGUCACCGGCCCCCAGCUGCAAUUUUACGAUGUGGUUGUGAGCUGGCCCGGGUCGGUACACGACAGCCGGAUAUUUGACAACUCCCGUGUGCGGGUGCUGUACGAGGAACGCCGGGUACCAGGGGUGCUGCUUAAGGACAUGGGCUACGCCUCCUUCUUCUUCCUGAUGACCCCCCUGGCAGAUCCCGGUCCAGCUAACACACCACGAGGCAGGUACCAGAAGGCCCACAUCAAGACGAGAAACUCUGUCGAAAGGGCCUUUGGCGUCUGGACGCGGCGCUUCCCCUGCCUCGACAUGAGGCUGCAGCACAAGCCACGUCGGGCCGUGCAGAUCAUCACAGCCUGCGCUGCACUCCACAACCUGGCCUGCCUGAGAAAGGACCCACAGCCUCCACCUCCCCCAGCUCCGCCAGUUGUGCCUAGGGCACGGAGACCCAGGAGGAGGGCCACACGGCCAGUCCACCUGCCACCCGCCGUGGACACCGUGGAGGACUCCCUCACGGGCAUACAGAAACGGGAGCAAAUCAUCGAAAGAAGCUUCAAGUAGAAACUUCUUUCGAAGUGGAAGCUCCCUUCUGCAAUGACUGAUCGAGCUUUGCCUUAAAGGGGCGGUGGAACAAUAUUCAGUUAUAAUGUUUUUCACUUUACACAAGCUUACUGGCACUAGAGGAACCCUAGUAUACUUAAAUGCAAUGCCGCUGACCAAGAAACAUUUUUUGUUGCAGUGUAAUUUCAGAUAAAAGCAACCAUUUUCUUUCAAUCACUCCUACACAAACGCUCAGGGGUCGCAUUGUCGGUG